AGGACACCAGUGAAGCCUAUCUCCAGAGUCAGAACUCAUCCUGCUUAGGAAGUCCUUAAAGAUGAAGACGAAAUUGAUUCAACCUCACUUUUGCACAUUCCUACUGCUGGUGGUUUCAAACCUACUCCUGUGGGAGAAAACUGCAUCAAUUUCUGUAUGUCGCACAGAAGAGGAAGGCUGCAUGAAACCCCUUCUAGAAACAUUUAACAGUGCCAUGCAGCGAGCUGAAACCAUCCUUAAUCUUACUGAGCAAAUGCAUCAAGAGUAUCUCCACAAUGAAUUCUCUUCCAAACAUUUUGCAGUCUUUAAUUCACAGUUGAUUAGGCAGGAUCAGCUUGUUCUCAGAGCCAGAACUUACUGCCACUCAAAUAUCACCAACCCUCCAAUUACUGGACCUGAGUACAUAAAUAUUAGAACAAAAAAGUAUUUAAAAAUGUUGAUCAAUUUUGUGGGUGCCUGGAUGAGCCCUCUAUACCAUCUAGCAAUUGAACUUAGUGCCAUGCAAGAUGUCCCUGAAACGAUCCUCUCAAAAGCCAAUGAGAUUGAAGAGAACAACAGAGAACUCCUGAAUGACCUUAUGUGGAUACUCAACAAGGCUUAUCCUACAGCAAAGAUGAAGAAAGUAUUUCCAAGCUGGGAACAUCUUUCAUCCAUGAAAUCAACUGACAAAAAUCAUCAAUUUUUGGCAAUAUUUAACUUGUCUCACUGCCUACGUGUGGAUAUAUUCUACACUAAAUACCACCUCAGAACAUUGAAAUGUCGCAUAACUGGGAAAGAUUGCUAAGUAGAAAUUUACCCUGUCUGCUUUGGAGAUGGUCCAUGGCAGUCCAUUGCAUGGAAGUUUCAUUUAAUUGUGUACCUUUUG